AUGCCUGUGUUCUACAAAAAAAUUAGAACUUCUAACAUUUAUGAAGAAGAAACUAGUUUAAACUCAGAUCCUUCUAAGAGCUUAUUAGAACAAACUAAAGCUCAAGUUUUAAAUAGCCAAGAACCAAAAGCUUUAUCAACACAAAAAGCACAAGAAGCACAUAUAGUAACAGACUUAAAAAUUAAAACUAAGCUAGCUGAAAAAGAAUCAACCAAAGAUAUUCCAAAAGAACUAAACAAUUCUUUAAUAGAAAAUCAUAUCAUAGAUACCAACAUGAUAGUAGAUCCACUUACUAUUCUCUAUAAUGAUUCCAAGGUUGCUGAAUCCUCUUUCAUUAGCAAUAAUGACAAUGAAUUCCAAUUGGUAAUGUCAAAGAAAAAACACAAAGUUUAG